AUCAUCUAUUGUGGGCCGACACUAAACAGUAAUCGUUAAAUAACUCUUUAAAGAUGGUAAUCCACAAUGCAAGAUGUAAAGCGUAAGAUGUAAUGUACAUCAGCCAAUCAGAAAAAAAUAAUGGAAUUGCGCUGUAGCAAAGACGCGUUUGUUUAUACAUGGCGAGAUGGAUAUGCGUAAUACUUUUCUGUUAACAACAUUAACAACAUUGUUUUGUUUGUGGAAUGUGCACUUGUUGCAAAUAUAUGUAAUAAAACAAAAAAGAAAAUAUCAAAAUCGACGAUGGUGGGUGCGUCCAUGUAAUCGACGUCGCUAUAUCGAGGGCUCUUUUACAAUAGUGUUCUUGAAAUAUAAAUAUACAGACUACGAAAAGUUUUUCAACCUGACAAGACUGACAGUCGAUUUAUUUGAUGAAUUACUAGAAAUAGUUGGUCCACAUCUACAAAAGGCCAGUUACAGAGAAUUUUUAUCCCCGGAAUUUCGGCUAGCAUUCAUAUUUACUAUCUAGCCUCAGGAAACAGCUUGCCUUCUUUGGCUAAUUAUUGGCAAAUUGAAAAGUCUACUGCCUACGACAUUGUGCAGGAAACUUGUCGCGUUAUUUCUAAUACUAUAGGUGCAACCUAUCUCUUGCCCUCAAAUUAGCAAGAAUACAGAGAAAUUGCUGAUAAGUCGGAGCAACUGCGUCGGAGCCCU